ACUCACAAAUUUUGGAGUUUUGGGGUUCUUUCAAUUCUUCUGUAUAUUUAUUAGGAUUUCAAAUUUAUUAGAGAGAAAAAGAGAGACCCAAACAAAAACUCAAGCCUUUAAUGUCAACCACAACCCCAUCAAAAAACAAAAACAAAAAAACCAAAUAAUAAUAAUAAUAAUAACAAUAAAUGUCACAUUCACCAAACCCUAAUGACCAAAAUGACCAAAACCCAGACCCAUCAAGGAGAUCAAGAUCUCUCAGCCUCCCAGAAUUUUUCUUCAAGGAAAAAGCUCUCAAGCAUGUUAUUCUCAAGAUGCAUCAUCAUCAUCAUCAUCAAAGCAACCAAAACAACAAUCAUAACAAUCGUAGCAAUCACAACCGACAUAUCUCUCUGUCACCGACCCCAUCUCCACCUUCGUCUCCCGAACCCACAACCGAUCUCACCGCUAUCGUUGUAGACACGCCCGCACCGAAUCCGACCUCCCUCCUCUCCGACAACGUCCUCAACCUUAUUUUCUCCAAACUCCCUGUCUCCCAAUACCCUUCCAAUUCCUUAGUCUGCAGGCGCUGGUUGUACCUUCACGGCCGCUUGGUACAAUCCUUGAAGCUGUUCGAUUGGUCGUUUCUCGAUUCGGGUCGGCUCUUCCACCGGUUCCCGAAUCUCUCCGAUGUCGACAUCGUCCACGCUUGUAUUCGGUUGCCUAGAAACGCGGGCAUUAUCGUGACCCGGAAGUACUUCUCGGUUCACCUCGACUCGAGCCUCUCCCGAGACCGGUUCGUCGGGGAGGAGGACCUGUUGCCGAGCCGGGUCAUCGACUCGGGUCUCAAAUCGCUGGCCGAGUCGUACCCGAAUCUGCGGAGGCUGGUCGUUAUCGGAGCCAGCGUAGAUGGGUUGUCGAGUGUGGCGAAGGAGUGCCAGUUGUUGCAGGAGUUGGAUGUCAUUGCUUGUGGGGAUUUGAGUUUGAAAGGGAUUUCGGGUUGUAUGAAUUUGCAAAUCGUGAAAUUGAUCGGUUUCGUUGAUGGGUUUUUCGGGUCGGUGGUGUCGGAUAUCGGGUUAACCAUAUUAGCUCAGGGUUGUAGGAGGCUAGUGAGGCUUGAGCUUUGUGGUUGUGAAGGGAGUUAUGAUGGGAUUAAGGCUAUUGGGCAAUGCUGCCAAAUGCUUGAGGAAUUGACUCUGAGUGAUCAUAAAAUGGAUGGAGGCUGGUUGGCUGCGGUUUCGUUUUGUGGGAAUUUGAAGAUUUUGAAGCUGCAGUCUUGUAAGGGUAGUAUCGAUUCUCGUCCUGGACCGGACGAGCAUUUGGGGUCGUGCCCGGCUUUAGAAGCGUUGCAUUUGCAGCGGUGUCAAAUGCGGGAUAAGCAGGCGGUGAGAGCAUUGUUUUUGGUUUGUAGGGGUGUGAGGGAGAUUGUGUUGCAGGAUUGUUAUGGUUUGGGUGAUGAGGUUUUCGGAUUGGCCACUGUUUGUAGGAGGGUGAGGCAGCUUUCAUUGGAAGGAUGCUCAUUGCUGACAGUGGAAGGUUUGGAGUCGGUAAUCCUUUCUUGGAAGGAUCUUCAAAGACUUAGAGUAGUUUCAUGUAACAAAAUAAUGGACAGUGCAGUGACUCCCGCCCUUGCAACCUUGUUCUCUGUACUAAAAGAAUUAAAAUGGAGUCCAGAUUCUAGAUCUCUCCUCUCAUCAAGUCUUGCUGAGACUGAUUUGAGGAAGAAAGGUGGUCGAUUUUUCAGGAGUUAUAAGGGUUGAACUUGCUAAUGUUUCUUAGAAUACAUGCUUUAGUUCAGUGCAAUUCAGGUGAAUUACAUGGCAGCUCCGUAAUGAUUUAGCAAAUACACACACUCCGUAGUACAUUGUAGACUUGUAGUCAUUAUCUUGUCUAAUUUGGAGGCUUACCACCAUAAUAGAGAGGAUGAUUCGCAUUCUUGCCUUCAGUGCCAUGCCAAAGGGAGCAUUUCUUUUGAAGCGUCCUAAUCCCUCUCCACUUCAAUUGUACAUGGAGUAAUCAGCUUGACCAAGUUUUGGUGUCAAGCUAAAGUUAUAAUGUUGUAAUUUUGUGCCCAUUACGGCUUCUUUAAUGUUCAACAAAGUUAGAUAUGCUAAUUUUAAUAUUUUGGGUAGUUGCAGUGUUGCACCGACUUGCUAGGCAUUAGCAUAAGCAAAGACAUUAGUACAGUUUGUGACUUCUUUUUCACAUCUGGAUAUGUAACAUUUAUUCUUCUACAAGUUAUAGUGAAAAACUUUCUGCAGUUUAAAUA